UCGAGUUUGUAAAAUCGAUUAAAAACCGUGUGUCCAAUCCAGCACAAAAAACAUUAACAUGAAGGCAGGAGCAGCUAUUGAGCUUGGUCGUGGUGAGUCCAACUCCAAAGGGAUGACUUCGACCGCUGCAAGGGCAGGGGUGAACCGAGGAGCGUCUAUCCUCGACUUCAUUCUACGUAUAGUUGCGUUUCUUGGGACGUUGGUGAGCGCAAUCGCCAUGGGAACCACCCGGGAGAGGCUUCCUUUCUUCACUCAGUUCCUUCAGUUUCGGGCUGAGUACGAUGAUCUUCCCACAUUCACGUUUUUUGUGGUUGCGAAUUCCAUCGUGUGCGCAUAUCUGGUGUUUUCUCUAGCCCUUUCCGUCUUCCACAUCAUAAGAAGCAAUGCUAAGAAGAGCAGGAUUAUCUUGAUCUUCUUCGACACGGCAAUGCUUGCUCUUCUGACGGCAGGUGCCUCUGCAGUAGCAGCUAUUGUUUACUUAGCACACAAGGGAAAGGCCAAGGCGAAUUGGUUCGCCAUCUGCCAACAAUUCAACUCCUUCUGCGAGCGCAUCUCUGGAUCUUUAAUCGGAUCCUUUGUUGGAGUUGUUGUCUUCAUCCUCUUAAUCUUGCUGUCAGCUGCGGCCCUUUCCAGGCGCUGAGAGUUUCACACAUAAGUACGCUUCGUGCAUCAGUUCGUUGUUUGAAUUUGCUCGACUCACGUGUCAUCUACGAUGUUUGUUCUUCGAUUUGAUAUGAAAUUUAUAUUGUGUUAAUGUAUUCCGUUUCCUUUUCCUUGCCAAAUUAUUGUAUCUCAAUUCGACUGCAAAUUUG